AGAGUCGCCCUCUCUAUCCCUCUCACCGACACACGGAAACGUCCUUCUCACAGCAACUGGGGUCCAUCAGGAGGGGACGUCACCUAUCACCAUGGGCCUCACAAACGAUCCAAACUAUAAAAAACUUGAGCAAUGGUACAGAGCCAACGCUGGGAAUCUCAAUAUGAGGAAGAUGUUUGAUGCUGACAAGGACAGAUUCAGCAAAUUCAGCACAACCUUAAAAACAGACGAUGGAGAACUUCUGUUGGACUACUCCAAGAAUCUCAUCAAUGAGGAAGUCGUGGCCAUGUUACUCGCCAUGGCCAAGUCUAGGGGAGUGGAGGAAGCCAGAGAGAAGAUGUUCUCCGGCGAAAAGAUCAACUUCACUGAGGGCCGCGCGGUGCUUCACAUCGCUCUUCGUAACCGCUCCAACACACCUAUCCAUGUGGGGGGCAGCGAUGUCAUGCCAGAGGUCAACAGGGUUCUGGACAAGAUGAAGGCCUUCUGUCACAAAGUGCGCAGCGGUGAGUGGAAGGGCUUCAGCGGGAAGGCCAUCACCGACGUGGUCAACAUCGGCAUCGGCGGUUCUGACUUGGGCCCACUGAUGGUGACGGAGGCCCUGAAGCCCUACUCAAAAGACGGACCCAACGUGUGGUUCGUGUCCAAUAUCGACGGCACUCACCUGGCGAAGACCCUGGCUCAACUGAGCCCAGAGACCACCUUGUUUGUCAUUGCCUCCAAGACGUUCACCACCCAGGAGACCAUCACCAAUGCCGAGUCUGCCAAGGACUGGUUCCUCAAGACAGCCAAAGAUCAAGCUGCUGUCGCCAAACACUUUGUGGCGCUGUCCACCAACGCACCCAAGGUGAAAGACUUCGGCAUUGACACGGACAACAUGUUCGAGUUCUGGGAUUGGGUUGGAGGCCGUUAUUCUCUGUGGUCAGCCAUUGGUCUGUCCAUUGCACUGCACGUAGGCUUUGACAACUUUGAGCAGCUUCUUGCCGGGGCACACUGGAUGGACAACCAUUUCCGUAGCGCCCCUCUGGACCAGAACAUGCCGGUCCUGUUGGCGGUGCUGGGUGUCUGGUACAUCAACUUCUUCCAGGCGGAGACCCAUGCCAUGCUGCCGUAUGACCAAUACAUGCACCGCUUUGCUGCCUACUUCCAGCAGGGGGACAUGGAGUCCAAUGGGAAGUAUAUAACUAAAGAUGGCGCCCGUGUCAACUACCACACUGGACCAAUCGUCUGGGGCGAGCCUGGGACCAACGGACAACACGCCUUCUACCAGCUCAUCCAUCAAGGCACCCGAAUGAUUCCUGCUGAUUUCCUCAUUCCCGCCCAGUCCCAGAACCCGAUCAGGAACAGCCUCCACCACAAGAUCUUGGUAGCCAACUUCCUGGCCCAGACGGAGGCUUUGAUGAAGGGCAAGACUCCGGAGGAGGCGCGCAAGGAGCUGGAGGCCAGCGGCCUGGGAGGAGAGACCCUGGAGAAGCUGCUGCCCCACAAAGUUUUCCAAGGGAACAAACCAAGCAACUCCAUUGUUUUUAAGAAGCUGACCCCUUUCAUGCUGGGAGUUCUGGUUGCCAUGUAUGAGCACAAAAUCUUUGUGCAAGGUGUCAUGUGGGACAUCAACAGCUAUGAUCAAUGGGGGGUUGAGCUUGGCAAGCAGUUGGCCAAGAAGAUUGAGCCAGAGCUUAAAGACAACUCUGAGGUCCAAUCCCAUGACUCCUCCACCAACGGACUCAUCAGCUUCCUGAAGAAAAACUUUGCCUAAUUCCUCUCUUUUUCCACCCUGCUGUGACACCUUGAUCUUCAUGGGAACCCCAUGGGCUGAAACUUUUCACCUUGUAGUCCUCUAUUGGCUGAUUUAUUCCACGAUUAUUUAGUCUUUGCCUACCACAGCCACCAGCCCAUUCUGAGAGCACCUUGUUUGUGACCACAAGUCUGUUUAUGCUGGCUGUUUUGAUGUAAAUUGUGAGACUUGACUGUAUAUGUAGACAUGUUGCUUCUUUGGGUGUUGGAUUGAGGCUAUGCAAUCUUCCACUGACAUGUGCAAAUGUUACUGCAGAUGACCGUACACCCCACACUUUAACAUAGUCGCUACUGAAUUAAGAAAAUAAAUGUCCUAUUUGUCAGUUUA